AUGAGCAUCAUAAGCUACAACAAGGCAGUCCGUGAAUGCACAAGGACGGAAAAAUGGACAAGUGCUGUGUCGCUUCUGGAUGAGCUGAACUGCAGGGGCUUGCAGGCGGACACGAUUACUUACAACUCCGCUGGCUCUGUUGCAUGCUCGUCUGGUGAAGCCUGGCGAGUGGCCCUGCUAAUGCUUCGGUGCGCCACCUCAUGCCGGGUACGUCAGGAUGUAAAAAUCUACAGCAGCUCGGUUACGGCCUGCGGGGUGGCAAAGCUGUGGCAAAGUGCCCUUUGUCUGGCAAGCCAGAUCCACGUCGCUGGCCUUCGCCUUGAUUCGAUUGCCGCCACUUCUGCCAUCAAUGCUCUGGAACGUAGAGCCAACUGGCAGCAGGCCAUCCUUCAACUGCUUGAUUCCCGCAGGGCCAACUGGCAACCAUCAGCUUUUGCCGGUAAUGCUGUCCUCCGCGCAACUUCUAAAUGCCAGUGGAACAGAACCAUGCAAUGUGUCCUAACUACCUUGCAAGCACGUGCUGUUUCGGGAGAUGUCAUCACGUACAACAGCAUGAUAGAGGCGGCUGCUGAUUGGAAGCAGGCCAUCUUACUUCUGCAAGAUAUUUGUGACCAAGAAUUGCGACCAGACGUGGUUACGUGGAAUAGCCUCAUAACUGUGUGCUCUCGCGUAGUUCAGUGGCAGCGAGCGCUCGCCGUUCUUGACACCUUGAACAAUGUCGUCAAAGCAGAUCUCGUAUCAUUCAACAGCACCCUUGCGGCGUGUGGCAGGUCCGGCAAGUUUCAGGAGGCGCUUUCAUUGUUGGAUCGAAUGUCGCAACACGGCAUCCAGCCCGACGUGAUAUCGCGAAGUGCUCUGAUGAGAAGCUGCGCAAGGGCGACAGCUUGGCGGAUGACGUUGUUUCUGAGCUCAGAGAGACAGGCGAGCAUAAAUGCCAUUGCAUUGAACGAAGUUCAGCUGGCCUGUGAAAGAGCGUGUGAAUGGCAGCUAGCUCUGCAACAAUUCGACGAAGCAGAGCAUGACUUCAGCCAGUAUGCAUGUGACUCCCGCGAGAGACGUGUUUCUGCUGAUCUGCUGAUGUUCAAUGCCGUCAUCGGCGUGUUGGAAAGCGCAAGCAGGUGGCAGACAGUAUUGCGCCUGUUGCGGUGCAUGGUGUUAGAGAUGUUGCUGCCAGACACUGUAACAUACAACGCCGUCGGCAGCGCCUGCGAAAAGUCCACGAUGUGGGAAUCCACUCUGUGGUGCCUGCGAGCUGGCAGCAUCCAGCCAGACAUGAUUACCUGGACCUCUGCCAUUGGAGCAUGCAGCACGUCCUGCGCUUCAUGUCGCUGGAAGCGAAUGUUGACCUUGAUCCGGGACGCUGCCACGGGACACCUGCAGCCGAGCCUUCUGAUCUGCGAGAAGGUGGUCAGCACUCUGUGGCAGUCUGGAAAGCUUGCGCAGAUGCAAUUUCACCUGCCCCGAGCUUGCUCAACAAGGCAAGCUUUCGAACUUUUGCGCGGCGAAGCGGUUUCGCAUGUUGUGUGUGCCCGCAGAGGCGAUCACUCAACCGGGCCCGGGCCAUUACCCACUGAUAAGGCAGCAGCCGCGCUUCUAAGCGGCCUCUUCUCUCCAGUCGCCUUGCAGUGGAAGGCCAAAAUCGACAACGGUCUCACGGCCACAGUCAGGGCCGAAGUUUCGCAGGACUUGACCUGUUGGCCUCCGGAGUGGGUGCAUCUCACGGUCACCCGUGGUGCAGAGGGUGUCGACGAUGAUCUGCGACAGCGCUGUCUAGAGAUCAAGGUGCCCUCCAGUGUGUUGCCAUCACAACUGGAAAAGAUCCUGGCAGGUGCAAGCUUCACAGGCUCGAACUGCGGGGCAGAGGAGGCCUCGACAUCAAGCUUGUCGGACGAGACGAUGGCAAUCAUCGAUCAGUGUCAGGCUCGUGGCAUCUCGCAGCCCAUGUCGUUGGCGCAGUGGCAUCAUGCAGUCUGCGGGCACCAUGCUCUUUUCAACCUACGCUGCCUCCUUUCUGGCGAUUCCUCCCUCUUGCAAAACGAGCCAUGCUUCUGGCGGCAAGCUCUUUGCGACAUUGAGCGAUUGGCUCGGCAUGGGGAGGCCAGCGGCAGCUGGCCCAGGAGUCGCGUCACGGGUGGAAUAGCUGACGAGGUGCACCUGAGGCAUUUGGUCAGCACGGACCCUGCUCUCUGCGGCCGGGUGAGUGUGGCUUCUUCUCUGGAGAGUCUACAGGAGCAGCUUCAGAUGUCCUCGCGCACGCAUGGAGUCCAUGGCUUUUUGCUGGGUGGAGCUACUCACUGGUACAGCGCUGCAGUUGUGAGCCGAGAUACGCUUGAGAGACCAGAUGGCGACAAGAAGAUUUACUUCUUUGACUCCUACAACACGCCACUUGCGACAGUGAUAUCAAACGCAGAUAUUGAGUCCAUGGUGGAAGAGCAGCUAUGUGUCGGUCGUGCGAGUGCGCUGGAUGCCUUGAAGCAGAAUCCUGCUUGGGCUCACAAGCCAAACGCUCAUCUGGAAACUGCGUUCGAGGAGGGAGUGGAAGAAUGGUGGAAGGGGGUCAGAAAAGCUUCUGUGUUCUGGCAGCAUAAACCACUGGAUGUGCGUCGACAACUGAUGCGCAUGGACUUGCAACUAGUCAGAGACUUCUUGCGAGUUCUGGCAGACGUCUAUUGCUCUUCCUGA